AUGGCUGUAGACGUGAUGAAUCUUUUGAGCAUGCACACCUUUUCGGAUGAGCUCACCUCCAUUGCUGUCUCCUUUCAAGUUUUGAAACUGAAAAACAGCGUCUUUUUGUGGAUCGGCAGUAGUGAUGAAAAGUGCUUCAAUGACCUCAACUUGGCCAUGGUUGUACCACCAGCCGAAAUAACUUCUGCGAGGCUCAUGGGCAACCUUUUGACUCCCUCCUCAGUGUUGACAAAGAGACUUUGCAAGAAGCUCAACAAGCCAAUUUACUUGAGCUAUAAUCUGCCCCAGAACGAUAACAUGCUCCUUGAAGUUGUUAACAAGAGGCUGAAUAAGGAAAUUGAAAGUUAUCCUGAUAAGUUUUAA